AGCACCUGACUUAAUGUGUAUACCGAUGCAAACUCUAUGUUAUCAAAAUAAACAUGAACUGCUGAAUAAUCUAUCCAAUUAUUUAGUUUUAUAAUUGUUGCUCUAAAUCGUACAUAAGAUAUAUUCUAAGGAAUUGAGAGAGUCACACUAAAACCUUCAUUAUAAAGGAAAGGACCAACAAAGUUCUUGCUCGUUUAACAAGAAAUAGUGCUAAUCUUUUAGGAAUAAACCAAAUUGUAGUUGAUUGGAUCAGGAACAAACACCCAAGGGGAUGUAGAACUGAAAGUUGUAGCAUCAAAGUAAGUUGUGUAGGGUAACAUAUCUAAUUAUAAUUAAGAUCAGUACUUUCAUUAAAUUAGCACACCUUAUUAGUAUCUGGAACUCGAUAAUAAUGGCAUUCAACAACACAACUUUUUGUAUCAUCUAGGUAUUCAAUAAAUGCUGCAUUAGUAGGGCAACUGCCACAGGUUGAAGGGGAACCUAAGGUAGUAGAAGGACUUGUAAAGCAAGCCAAGCAAUUAUUCGCAGCACUGCUAGAACUGCAUUUUAAGCAUGACCAAUGACAUUUAUUUACAUAAAUCUAAAAUGCUCUUGAGCCAUAAUUUCUGCUACCAAAAUUUGUUCCGCAAAUUCUAAAUCUAAUUUCUGUGUUAUCAUUAUGCUAGAAUGUCAGAUAAAAUGUUUAUAUCUCAAAAUUAUUCCAACCUCCCAUAGAUUUACAUACUAAUUGAAAUUAUCCCAAAGUACUAUCCUUAUAUUAAAAUGUUUAAGUAGCUGUUGA